AGGGUAUUUUGGGUAAAAAAACCGGAAUGAGAUCGAGUAGUUGUAAGAAUCUGGGACGAGCGAUAAAGGCUGUCCAUUUGCAUCUGAUCCGUGUGGGCACUACAGGCAGUCUCUAUCAUCGUCGUAUCCAAAGCACACACCUUUCAUCCUCUUCCUCUUCUUCACAUCAUCUAUUAAUGGCGGAUCUAAAGUCAACCUUCCUCGACGUUUAUUCCACCCUCAAGUCCGAACUCCUUCACGACCCUUCCUUCGAAUUCACCGAUGAAUCUCGUCUCUGGGUUGAAAAGAUGCUUGAUUACAAUGUACCUGGAGGGAAGCUUAACCGAGGUCUCUCCGUUGUGGACAGCUUCAAGCUUUUGAAGGAAGGGAAAGAGUUGACGGAGGAAGAGAUUUUUCUCUCUUGUGCUCUCGGUUGGUGUAUCGAAUGGCUUCAAGCUUAUUUUCUUGUGCUUGAUGACAUUAUGGAUAACUCUGUCACUCGACGUGGGCAGCCUUGUUGGUUCAGAGUUCCUAAGGUUGGUAUGGUUGCUAUUAAUGAUGGGAUUCUACUUCGCAAUCACAUCCACAGGAUUCUUAAAAAGCACUUCCGUGGAAAGCCUUUCUAUGUUGACCUUGUUGAUCUCUUUAAUGAGGUAGAGUUUCAAACAGCUUGUGGCCAGAUGAUAGAUCUGAUCACCACCUUUGAAGGAGAAAAGGAUUUGGGCAAGUACUCGUUACCUAUUCACCGGCGUAUUGUCCAGUACAAAACGGCUUACUACUCAUUUUAUCUCCCUGUUGCUUGUGCGUUGCUAAUGGCUGGCGAGAAUUUGGAAAACCAUGAGGAUGUGAAGAAUGUUCUCGUUGACAUGGGGAUCUACUUCCAAGUGCAGGAUGACUAUCUGGAUUGUUUUGCUGACCCCGAGACACUUGGCAAGAUAGGAACGGAUAUAGAAGAUUUCAAAUGCUCCUGGUUGGUGGUUAAGGCAUUGGAACGCUGCAGCAAAGAACAAACCGAGAUAUUAUAUGAGAACUACGGUAAACCUGACCCAUCAAACGUUGCUAAAGUGAAGGAACUCUACAAAGAGCUUGACCUUGAGGGAGUGUUCAAGGAGUAUGAGAGCAAAAGCUACGAGAAGUUGAUUGGAGUGAUUGAGGGUCACCAAAGUAAAGCAAUCCAAGCAGUGCUAAAAUCCUUCUUGGCUAAGAUCUACAAGAGACAGAAGUAGUCUAAGCUUUCUUAAUUUCCUGUUAUGUCUUUGAUUCUUAUUUGGUGAUUUGGGUAAUUCUGUUGAGUGCUCCUGAUUUCAGUGGGAAUAAACCUGCCUUAUUUCUUAAUCUGAUGUUAUUAUUUACUCUUCUAUUUAUUUUAAAUUUUAUUUCUUGC